GAUCAUGCUGUGAUGUUGCAGAUAUUUGUGUCCUGUAGCACAGAAGCUCUCAUAAGUAGCACAGGCCAGUGGACGCAGUGUUUCUUCUUCUGUCUGCAUCUGAUGAUGUCCCCAGGUGACCACGGUCAUCAGGUGAUGUCAGGUGAUGUGUGUUAGUAGCAGGUAACAGAGUAACCUACAGCACAUCCAGGAUCUGUGUGGCCUGGUGGAAAAGUAUCUCUGGAUUAUCUCAACUGUUUCUUCUAGACAGAAGCAAGAUUAGACAGAGAGCAAUCCGGACAGUCAUUUCACCCUGAAGUUUUUGACUUUAUCCAUCUGCUCCGUGGCUAAAGGAGGUUCUUGUUGAAGAACAGACUCGCGGUGUUCUUCAUGAGCUCCUUACACACCAUCUCAGAGCUGGUGGAGCCUGACGAGUCUCUGGAGCUGGUGUCUGGAGCUCAGAGCAUCCAUCAGACCAGCACAGACUGGAGUUUAACCCUCGAAGAGCUUCGAGUGCCUACCAGACACCAUGAUAGACAGACAACUAAACGAACAAGCAAGUCACCGUCUCAUAAGAUGAAUCUGUCUCCGUGGCUGGUGAAUCUGAUGCGAGACAUCGAGGAGGCCACGACACACGAGCUGACCGUUGAGUGAACAUCCCUCAGACAGUGAGCUUCUGCACAUCUUCAGCGCUCUCGACACCUGAGGUCAUCGUUGGUGUUUUUUUUUUUUUUAAAUGCCUUUUUCUGAAGUUGAAUUCUCCAUCUCCGGGGGUCUGUUUUUGUUCUUCUUGCACAAUCUAUGGCUGGACUAGUGUGGGUGGGAUGUAAAUGAUUUGCUCGUGGCGUGUGCGUAUAGGCAGCGAUGGACCUAAAGCGAUCCUGAACAACAUCCGCCGUGUUUGUUCCAGCAGGCAAACAAAGCUUGAUUUCAUAAGAUAUGCUUACCAUUAAAGCUUGAUUUAAUUAAUGCUUCUGGAGUCACAAUCCUGUAGUGUCUGAAAAACUGACUUGAACUAUUGGUUGACCUCCAAAGUGUCCAAAGUUGAACUAAUACUACACCAGGAACUCUUAAUAACUGCUCAGGCACCUGAAGAUAAACAUGUUAUGAUGGCGGAAGACCUCAGAUUAACCCGUCCUGUUAUGCAAUGACCACAUGACCUUGUUUUUGUGACCCAACUCAAAGUGUGGUCAAACACAUGGUUGAGAUAUGCUCGCAUAACUCCUGCUGUGUGACCAGCAAAUGUGUGUUUACACGCUACGUUAAUGUUAUAUAUGCUCAGAAAUCCGACUACAAGAGCUGUCACUGGGAUGAAACAUUUUCAAAAGAUACACCUUGGUACAUUACUAAGCCCUAAAGGUGCGUAUUACUGUAGUUACAUUUUAGCACUUGUUUCACCUCCUCAGAGAGUGCAGAUGAUAAACAGCAGCAUCAUGAACCUGUUUCUGGUGAAACCGGUCACAGAUGUUGAGUCAUCUAGAGUAAAUAUUGAUGUCUGCGCAACCAGAGCAAACCUGUGCUCCUCUGAGGUCAUCGUGUCAGGGUAUAAAGCCCAGCACACACGCAGCGAGAGCAGAUCUGACACACAGCAGCACACCUCUGCUUCUGCUAUGAGAAGGCUGUGUGUGUUUGUGUUGUUGGUGAGCGUCCUCGUCUGUCCGGCGGAUCUUUCUCCGGUCAUCGGGUCUGAACCCAUCCGCUGCGCUCCAUGCUCUCGUGAGCAGCUGGACUCCUGCCCCACCGUGUCCUCGGACUGUCCAGAGGUGCUGCGAGAGCCGGGCUGUGGAUGCUGUAUGUCCUGUGCGCUGAAGAAAGGAGAGUCCUGCGGUGUUUAUACGGCUCCCUGCGGCGCUGGCCUGCGCUGUGUCCCGAGACCCGGUGACCCACGGCCGCUGCACGCUCUGACCCGCGGACACGCCGUCUGCACCGAGGACGACCCGACAGCAGAUGAGCUGGACAUCACGUCUGACCAGGGCUCCCUGCUUCAGCUGCUGGGGCUCCACCGGUCUCUGGACGCGCAGGACGCAGCGGAGGCUCAGGAGAGCAUCAAGGCCAAAGUCAACGCCAUCCAGAAGAAACUGAUCCCACAGGGUCCGUGUCACACUGAGCUGCGAGCGUCUCUGAAUCUGAUCACUGAAGCCCAGCAGACGUUAGGAGAGAAGUUCACCAGCUUCUACCUGCCCAACUGUGACCAGCACGGGUUCUUCAAGACCAAACAGUGUGAGACGUCUCUGGUGGGCCAGCCCCCCCGCUGCUGGUGUGUGUCGUCCUGGAACGGGAAGAGAAUCCAUGAGGAUCUGGCGUCUGAGUCCCAGUGUCCUCAGGAGCUCACGCACUGAACCAAACUGCAACCACUUCACUCAUGUACCAUAUUUAUUAUGUAUAUGGCUCUUACCUAAUUAAUAUUUCUGAACUAGUUUUUGACCGAAUUCUACCAGAAUGAAUGAAACAGACACUAGAAAACAUGAUGUUUUUCAAACUCCACCUCAGCGAGAUCCAGAUCUGGAACUUGACAAACUCAGAUUAAAUCUGUGCUCCACGAUGACGUUUAUUCAACAGUAUGAUAUUUUACGACAAAUCUGUGAUUCUCUUUGUUCGCUGUGGUUUUUCCUGACCACUUUAGUUCCGUAUAACCAUUUUUGCACAGCAUAUGUCCAGAGUGAACCUAUUUGGACAUGGAUAGUCUGUAAACAGUUUCAUCGGUUUGUUUUCCGUAAACCCAGUUUUAAUUGCUAUUUUAUUUGACUAUGUGUUUAAAAUAAGUUGUCUACCUCACUUUAGACAUGAUGUCUUUAUGGACUCCCUGUAUGCAUUUCACAUAUUUAAGAGUGCUGCUCUAUUUAUUCUCAAACUAUUAAUUUAUUGGAUAUAAAUGUAAUGUGUACAUAUAACCCCAUGAGUUUAUUUCAAUAAAGUGUGAGAUUGUACAGAU